GAAAGAACUUCCAGCCGCAGACUCCCAACGUGGAAUCAAUCACAAACAUCAUGGCAAACGUCUUUGGGUUUGGCCGCAUGCGGGACGAGCAGAAGGACGACGAUGAAGAAAAACAGGCGUAUUACACUGGAGGCACGUCCUCGCAUGGCGGCGGGAGCGGGUUGAGCGUCUACGGCAACCCCACAGGCGCGGCAGGUGGCAACCCGAACGUAGACAACAUCAUCUCCCGCGCCCAACAACAAGGCCGUGAAGCUGCAGAAGGCAGCAGUACAAGUGGUGCCGCGGUCAUUCCCGCGCAUGUGAUUACGUUUUACGCGGAAGGAUUCACGGUGGACGAAGGAGAGUACCGGCGCCGCGAUGACGAGAGCAACCGCGAGUUCCUCAGCGCCAUCGAACGCGGCCACGUUCCACGGGAGCUGGAAGCAUUGCACCAGCGAGGCGAGCAUGUCGACAUCUCGCUCGUGGACAAGCGCCACGAGCAGUAUCAAGGCAAACCCAAGCCCCAGUACGAAGCGUUUGCCGGAGCAGGGCAAUCCAUGGGUGCAUCCCCGGUCGACGCCAGUGCGAUCGUCCGAGACGUUGACACUUCCGCUACGCUCAAGCCAGUGGAUACAACCCAACCCACCACCGUUGUCCAAAUCCGACUUGCCAACGGCAGCCGAGUGCGAGAGACGCUCAACACGACGCACACCGUCCAGGACCUCCACGCCAUCCUCCGCCGAGAAGGCGCGGCCACGCAGUCGUACGUCCUUCUGGCCGGGUUCCCGCCGAAACCCAUCACCGAUAUGCAAGCCACCCUGGAGGCGGCGGGCCUUCUCGGUGCCGCGAUUACCCAAAAGUGGGCGUGAUACUAAUGCUGGUAACAUGACCAGUACUACGAUUGCCCUUUGUAAAUACACAGCUGCAUCGUGCCACUAGAGAAUCAAGGACGAUAUCGCACACCAGCGAGAUGUCCAUCGUGUUAAUCAAGGACGAUAUCGCGAUCGAUGGCUUUAACACCAGCGAGAUGUCCACCGUGUUCCUGUGGUAAACGCGCACGGGCGUUGCUUUGUCGGGAUAAGCAUUCGCAUGUCCUAGUGCAAGGUGGUUUGCGAUACACAACUAUUUGAUUCUAUGUAUUUCCAUCAACCAGAUAUAUUAAUAUUGGACACGUUUAUUAAAAUCUCGUACAACGUGA